GACAACAGAGCAUGCGCAAGGAGACAAGUUGAAAAGUUCAACUCAGAGGAUGACUAUGUGCUUCAUCCCCAAAGACCCCCGACGACCACCGAAGUGAUCAAUAAGGAGCAGUGCGCAGCCUCAAAUAGGCGUGGAACUAAUUUUAAUACGAAGCGGGGACAGGCGGGGUUAGGAAAUAAAUAUGUAUUAGGCGUAUCAUGUAACCCUAGUUUGUAGAGAUAAAAAGGGAGAAACAAAGCUCCCAGGUGUGCAUGUCUUUGAGGAGUUAUCCCCAUGCACCUCAGCGCUGAAUAAAUUCAUACCUACUCUCAUAACCACUCUGUGAGUUAUAGAGUCUUCUCUCCGCACAUCAUUUUGGCGAGCCAGCCAGGAGGAUCUCUGUCCGGCUGUGGGAGCGGCCGAGGAGCGGAUUCCCUGGCGCGCCCCCAGGACCUUCCCGGGAGGGACCCCGGACCUCGGCUCGCUCACCGCGGGGACAGACAACGACCUGCUGGCCUUGCGGAUAAAGUCUCUUGCAGAAAAAACUUUGGAGCCACAGUGGGAAGGACCGUUCCAGGUGCUUCUCACCACCUUCACUGCAGUUAAAAUCAAGGAACAGAGCGCCUGGAUUCACCAUUCUCGAGUGAAGAAGGCUCCAGAAACUCCUUGGAAAGUAACCCCGGGUGACAAUGAACUGAAAUUAAAACUUACUCGGGCAUAAUGAAUACAUUGUGGUUGAGAAUAUUCCAUAAUUUAGCAUACAGGAAUCCAAUCAGUAGAAUUGUUUUGUUUGUUUUGCCUGUAGUUAUAAGUGUAACCCAAGAAUUGGAAAGCGUCUCUAACCAGAAAAAUGCUGAAUGGCCUUGGUCCCAGGCUUUCAUUCAGUAUACUGGAUCCAUGGGAAAUUAUUCCGACAUAAAGGAUUUAAACCUAUCAACCGUGGUUAUGCAUGAAAACCAGAUAUAUGAAAGGCGAGAAUGGCAGAAACAAAAGCUGUGGACCCUUCAAGGGACUAUAGGGGAGGUAGUCAGAGUAGGAUGCCGAAUGAUUAACGGGACUAACUAUGAAAAGGCAAUUCAAAUUAGUGUCUCGACUUCUCCUGCAGAUUAUCACCGGGAAAUUUGUGAUCGUCUAAGUAAAUCGGACUGUUGGUAUAAUUUUACGUUAGUACAGACGGUGAAUGUGAUCUGCCUUUGGGGUCGUGGUAACAAAGGGCUCACAUUUAAAUUUAAAAUAACAACUACACCUAUUGCAACAACCAAAUCAACUGUAACCCAAGCUCAGACCACACCACCUAAAAUUGAACACAAAAUUUAUGAAAUUGGCCCAUAUGUAAUAAGGAAUACGGGGCAACAACAACUGUUAUUUAAUCCAGAGUGGUCUCUUAAGCGUAUUGAAGUACUAAUGCAAACAAACAUUUCUGAGAUUCAGCCAGCCUGUUCCUCUUUUCUAAGAACAUCAUCCGAGGGCUGGACAACAUGGUUACAAAAGCAAGUACACUUCAGAGGCAGAAUGAGAAGAGAUUUAACUGGAAUAUUAGGAACAGGAUUGGGGGUCUUAAAUGGAAUCGAUUCAGAAAUAUUAAUGAACAAAUUAGCCACUGCCACAAAUGAUUUGGUAAAACUAAGACAACCCCUGCAAUCCUCUUUAUUAGCACUAGGAACUAGCCAAUGGGAAAUUUCCAAAAUACUACCAAAGUGGAAAGAAGCUGAGGACCAGGACCAUAAGCUAAUAAUAAACGCACUAAAUAUAGCCCAAAACAAUGUGUCGUUAGCCCUCAGCUGCAUACAGGCACAAUUAUGGAUACAAUCAAUUGUUGCUCUAGUAGUAAGAGAGGGAAAUGAAGGUACUUUUCCAAUUGAAAUUCGGAAGAUUGUCUGGGACAAUGCAAGCAACCUAGAAAGAAAACUUCAGUCUUGGUGGACUCUGGUAAAUUUUACCUAUGACCCUACCACCGAAAUAGCUACUACUUUUGUACUGACUAUACGCAAUGCCACAAUUUAUAAUAUCCACCCUAUUAUUGCAUUAGGAUUAAAUCAUGAAAAAACAGUGCUCUACCCCUCAGAACAUAGAGCAUGGGCCCGGAUAAUGAAUGAAAAGUGGCAAACUGUGAAUUUGGAAUCGUGUGUUACCCGGGAACAACAGGGGUUCAUCUGUGAGACUAACAUGAUCGAUGCACAAGAUAUAUGCCUAGACACUGAGCAAAACAUUUGCCACUUUGAGAUUCAUCCAGAUACUAGUCAAAAGACUAUGCUUGUAUAUAUUGGCCUAGGCUGUGUAUGUUUAAGAACUGCAUGUGUUUCUGUAGAAAUAGAUGAUAACAAUGUAACCUUGACUACUAGGAACUAUUCCAAUUUUUGUAUUUGUAAUUUUGUUAGGAUUGUAGGGUGUGAUUUUUCAUAUUUAGCACCGGUUACAUCCCACCAGUUGAUAAGAUCCAAUUACACAAUGUACCAUCAGUUAUCACCAGCACCCAUUGGAAUGAACCUUACAUUAGUAAGACAACUAAUGAACCACCAAGACCUGACAGAAAUCCUGAAAGAGAUUCAAGAAAAGGGGCAAAAGACUCUGGUUACUGUCUAUCAUGAUGUAAAAGAGAUAAGCAAAGUAUUACAAAGGGUAAACCAAGAUACAAAUCACCACUGGUGGGAUGCACUCUUUGGAUGGUCGCCGACUGCAACUGGGAUUUUGAACACACUUUGCCACCCCAUCAUUGUCAUACUGACAUUAGUAGGCAUAAGCCUGGUGCUAUCAAGUGCAAUGCUUGUUUGGAAUUGGAGAAUGUUAAAACGGAUAGCGGCACUGACUUCCCUAGCAGCAGCCUAUGGUAAUGCAAUGAGGGAUACGUAUCGAGAUGGGCAGGCUGCGCAGGUGGACUGGGAAAGGAAAAAGCGUCAGUAUUGCUAA